UGAGCAGUCCGUCUUACUGCCCAUGUCGAAAAGGCUGUGGGUCCCGAGGACGAGCUCCCGUGGAUCCACCAGGCUGGCCCACCUGACCGGCUCUCCACAUCCAGCGGGCUUGCUAGUGCGUUUUCUUAGGAUCGAUUUCUUCCAGGCAAUUUUCAAGACCAGCCGCACUAUGCCACGUACACUUUGGUAAGGUACUCACCAAUGAUGGCUAUCACUACCGCGAAUAAGUGAUUGCUGCGAGCACGGUACGGAUAUAGCAGACCUGAAAUCGACGUGGCUUGGCUGAUGCCGUGGGACUCUGUGUCAGUAUUUGUGCGGAGUUUUGUAUCGUACUGUAUUACAGGACGUCCUAUGCUAGGUACUAUCA